GUGGCUCCACUUCUCAUUUGUUUCACGCAAAUCUCGUUCUGUCCCGCGAGAUCACUGGUGAGAUCCGGCAUGGACGCGAACACAAACAGUGGCUCGUCUGCGCGAGCGGAAAGAAAACAGCGAGAAAAGGCGAAAAUCAUACAGCGAGAGAAACAGCGACAGACGCUGAAGACGAUCUCCAGGCUCCUGCAGAAGGCUGAGGCUGAGCGGUCGCAGGAGGACAGGGCUCUGCUGCAGGAGCAUCAGGACACGGUGCAGGAGCUGAGCCGCAGACAGAGCCGCAGAGCCCUGCUCAAGAGCAAACAGGACGAGGUGUUUGAUGAUGCUGAGAACCUGAAGGUUAAAGUGAAGCAGCUGGCGGAGGAGCUGCAGCGGGCCAAGCAUGUGGUCGUCUACACCGGAGCAGGAAUCAGCACCGCCGCCUCCAUCCCAGACUAUCGGGGACCCAAUGGGGUGUGGACUCAGCUGCAGAAGGGCCGGUCUGUGAGUGCAUCAGAUCUGAGUCGAGCUGAGCCCACUCUCACACACAUGUGCAUCUGGAUGCUACACAAAGUCAAGAUGGUUCAGCAUGUGGUCUCGCAGAACUGUGAUGGUCUUCACCUGCGCAGCGGUUUCCCCCGACACGCUCUCUCUGAACUCCACGGAAACAUGUUCAUCGAGGUGUGUGAUUCCUGCUCUCCUGCACGGGAGUUCAUCCGGCUGUUUGACGUGACGGAGCGCACGGCUCUGCACAGACACGGGACGGGCCGUCUGUGUCCUCACUGCAGAGCGGAGCUCAGAGACACUAUAGUGCACUUCGGGGAGCGGGGCACCCUGGAGCAGCCGCUCAACUGGAAGGGGGCCGCCGAAGCUGCACAGCGGGCCGACCUCAUCCUCUGCCUGGGCUCCAGCCUGAAGGUGUUGAAGAAAUACUCCUGCUUGUGGUGCAUGAACAGACCAGCCAACAAAAGGCCAAAGCUGUACAUUGUAAAUCUGCAGUGGACACCGAAAGACAACCUGGCUACUCUGAAGAUACAUGGCAAGUGUGAUGCUGUGAUGGGUCUUCUGAUGGAGGAGCUGGGUUUGGAAAUCCCCGUUUACAACAGAUCACAAGACCCCAUCUUCGGCUUGUCUGAACCACUCAGUGCACAAGAGCAGGAGAGCCACACUCGUGAAGAGAUAGCGCCACCUGCUGCUCUGGAGGACGCUUCGCCAGACGCACAGGCUCAGGGUGAGGCUACUGCGGUUCAGGGCGGCUGGUUUGGAAGAGGAUACGCCAAAGCACGGAGGAAAAAGAAGUCUGUGUAGUUCCUGAAGCUGCUCUGUUGGGUUAGGACUGUGUCCUUUCCCAUCACACUCACUGCUUGAAUACAUGUUUUACUGAUGAACGUGAGGCUAAACCCUCAUGGGUUACACAGAACUGCUUUUCUGAAAAGAUAUAGCUGUUUAAAUAACUCGUAGAAGAGUACGCAGGUUUACAUGAUGGCUUGGUUUGGCUAAGUGCACUUUACUUCCAAUCUCAGGUUUAUAGAAGAAGCAAUAUAUGAUUCUUAUGACAGCAGUUUUAUGAGACGGCUGAAAUUUUUUUUCUGGCUUUUGUUGUUUUUCACCUAAAAUAUGAAAUGGUCAUUUACUUGCUUUAUGUUGUUCCAAAACAUAAGAGAACAAUACUUUGUCAUGCUUCGUAAAGUUAAGGUGUUGCUGUAAAGAACAGCGUGAACGUUCUGCUGAACGUCUUGUAUGUAAUGUUCAGAACAACAUGUGGACAAAUAAAUGACUACCUUCAUCGUU